UGGAGCGGGGCGGGGCCCUUUCGGCGGGGGCAAGGGGGCUGCCCGGGCCGCUUUGCCGGUGGGACUCGCUGGGCGGGCGGAAGUAGCCGCUCUUCCGGGCCCGGCGCUCGCGCACUGCCUGUGAGGCGCGGAGCGAGACCCGGGUGAGCAGCGAGGCUGAAACCCGCCCCAGCGCCCGGAGGAUUUAACCCCCUGACUGAGCAACGGAGAUUCCUGGUAGAGAGGCCUGAGGUAACCGAAGGAGCAGCUGACAAGAUGGCAGAGAUGCAGAUAGAUCCAGACCUGGCCAAGAGACUCUUUUUUGAGGGUGCCACAGUUAUCAUUUUGAACAUGCCUGAGGGGACAGAGUUCGGCAUUGAUUACAACACUUGGCAUGUGGGCCCCAGAUUCCGGGGAGUCAAGAUGAUCCCUCCAGGAAUCCAUUUCUUCCACUAUAGUUCUGUCAACAGGUGUAACACGAAAGAGACAGGUCCCCGUACUGGCUUCUUCUUAAGCCUGCAGCAGCGAGACUUGCAGAUUCUGCACUGGAACUCAUCGAAUGAGGAAGUGGACCUCACCCCAGCAUCUGAAGAAGAGAUUGAAAUAAUGAGGUCAAACCUCCAGGAGAUGGACAGGUUUCUUGGGCCAUACCCAUAUGAGACCCUCAAGAAAUGGAUCUCCCUCACUAACUUCAUCAGUGAACCAGUGAUGAAGAAGCUGCAGCCAGAGAGCGGACAGAUCUGUGCCUUUUCAGAGGUUCUGCCGGUUCUGGCUGGGAAGCACACCAAAGACAGAGCUGAACAGAACCUGCCUCGAUAUGACUCAGAAUGUAAGAGCUACGCAGAAGGCCUGGCCCGACUGCCCAAAAUGAAGCUGAAAGCUGGCACUGAGAUCCGGUUCACAGAGAUGCCAAAGCAGAUGUACCCUGAUGGUGCUACUCCUGAGGAAAUAACUAGGCAUAGCAUGGACCUUAGCUAUGCUCUGGAAACAGUGAUUAACAAGCAGUACUCCAGCCAGCCCCAGGAUGUGCUCGCCGAGCUGCAGUUCGCUUUCAUCUGCUUCCUGAUUGGGAACGUGUAUGAUGCAUUUGAGCACUGGAAAAAACUUCUGAAUGUUUUGUGCAGAUCCGAGGAUGCCAUAGGGAAGCAUCAGGUCCUCUACACCAAUCUUAUUUCUGUCCUGUACCACCAGCUCAGUGAAAUCCCAGCUGACUUCUUUGUGGACAUAGUCUCUCAAGACAACUUUUUAACCAGCACCUUACAGGUGUUUUUUUCCUACACCUGCAGCACCACCGUUGACAGGACACUGAGGAAAAAGGCAGAAAAAUUUAAAGUCCACCUAACUAAGAAAUUCAAAUGGGACUUUGAGGCUGAGCCAGAUGACUGUGCCCCUGUGGUAGUGGAGCUGCCAGAAGGAGUACUAUUGGACUGAAUGAAAUGCUGUCUUGGAACCAAGCACUGUUUUGGUUUUAUUUGUUUAGCUUAUUUUUUUUCCCCUCUUCCCAAAUUUGCCAGCUUUCUUAAUUCUGUAUCUCGUCCUCUGAAAUGAACUUGGUGAUCCCGAGCUGAUUCCUGCUCCUGCUACAGAAGCAGAUCUGGGAAGCCCAGAAACAUUGCAUAUUCAGUCUCCAGGCCGGAGCUCUUUCAUUGCGGGCUUGGGCAUCGUUCUACGAGCCAUUGGGACAGAGUAUACCCACAUGAUGCCAUGCAUCCAGGGUCACUUGGAAUACUUGGGCAACUUUUAUUUCCUUAGCCCUCCUGCAACUGCUGGUUCAUGGACAUAACACUUGUUGGAUGGCUGUAGCCAUCUUAUGUUGAAGAAGCCCCACGUGAAACCAUUUGCCUUCUAGAGUCUGGAGCCUGUACUCUAGCUUGAUGCCUUUAGAAUUAGGAGGUAGGUUGAACUACCAUGUGAUCACUACAACCUUCUUCAGCCCCAACCCGUGUUGAUUGUACAUUUGCAAUAGCAUGCUGCGAUGGAAAAAACUAUCCUUUAUUAAAUCCUCCUAUUCCAUAGCUCAGAUAUUAAAAUAACCAGAUCAGAGGAGUAGGAUAACACCUUUACAUAAACACUGGCAACACUAUAUAAUUGCAGUGGCAGAGAGACUGAAUCUGCUUAGCCUGGUGUAAGAGAAUCUUAACAGUUUGGUAACCAGAAGUUGAAUUUUUGGGCAGUAGUCACCUGGUAUUCAAAACAAAAAGCCACCCAUGAGAAACAAGGUCAGAUUUUUCACUGACUGUCCUUGUAGUUUGAGAUCUCUGGAACUCUUCCUGUAAUUGUUCUUUGCUUCUCACUGAUUAUCUCUUAUUAAUAAUCAUGUGAGGACUCUGGUGUUCAUUCAGAACUGAAUUCUUAUCAUUGUUAUCCUGUAAUUCUUACUCUGUGUAAGACAGUGUGGUUUUUUGUUUGUGUUUGGUUUUUAAACAAGAAUCCCUACUGUUGUAGGGAUUAGGCUGUGUUCAACUUGCUUGUUUCUUUCUAGAUAGACUCCUGCAGGAAUUUGUUGUAUACAUGCCCAACAUGAUAACCUACUCAUUAGUCUUUCACAAUAGUAGUUCAGAAUAAAUCUUCCUGUGUUACUUUCCUACAAAAAUACUCUGACAGUCUUGUGUGUGAAUUAUUUUAGCCAAGUUGUAUGUUAGUCUAUUGUUCCAGCCUUACCACAGCAGUGUCAAUGUUAUUGUACUCAUCACCUUGAAGUAAAGUAUCAAUGAUUUUUCUCUCAUCCAAGGACAGCUCAGACUGAGGAGGUAAAUUAGCAUAGUAUAAUGCAAGAUACUGUGCCUUUGAAUGACCAGUCACAGAAAUAAGAUAGGAAAAGUUCUGUUAAAAUCAGUGGCUUUUCUUUUUUAAAAAUAAAACUUGUUUAAAAUCAAUGUAAUACAAAAUAUUGUUAAGGACUAAAUUUAUUAUUUCUUAAAUAAUUGAAAUAAAAAAUAAAUAUGCUAAAUCCAUAA